ACACACACAGCAUCGGGAGGAGAGCGCAGAAACGGUGGACAGGUGAAGAUGGAGAAAGUAUUAGGACUCGCCGUGGUGUCCAGUAUUUUAUGUGUCGGCUCGGUUUUGGGGAAAUACGUCAGAGGUAUCGUCAACACAAAAGAGGACUGGCUUUUCCUCACAAGAUUUUGCUUCCUGACUGAUUUUGGCCGACUGAACUUCAAGUUCCGAUACCCCAAGUCCCGAUGCUGUCAGAACAUCUUGCUCUACUUUGAUGAAAGCUCUCAGUGGCCAGCUGUGUACAAGAGGCCGGACAAGGACUGCUACCAGAAAGAGUCAGUAUUGAGGCCUGAAAAUAACCAGGUCAUCAACCUGACCACCCGCUACACCUGGUCUGGCUGUAUGGUGGAAGGCGAAGGUAAUGAAGAGAUGCUGAGUUGUGUAGGAGGUCGAAGUUUUCGUUCUGUCAGAGAGAGAUGGUGGUACAUUGCGCUCAGCAAGUGUGGGGGAGAUGGGCUGCAGCUGGAAUAUGAAAUGACAUUAACCAAUGGACAGUCCUUUUGGACCCAGCAUUUCUCUGCAGAUGAAUUUGGCAUCCUGGAGACAGACAUCACGUUCUUGGUUAUAUUCGCCACUGUGUUUACACUGUCUUGUUAUUUUGCUUAUAAUUUAAAGGGAAGACAGCUGCUCCAUACGACCUAUAAGAUGUUUAUGACUGCGGCUGGAGUGGAGGUCUUAAGCCUGCUUUUCUUUUGCAUUUACUGGGGCCUUUAUGCCCGAGAUGGUUUUGGGAAUGGCAGCCUCAAGAUAUUAGGGAAAUUACUCUUUUCUGUGAGCUUCCUGAUUUUCUUGCUCAUGCUGAUUCUCCUGGGCAAGGGAUUCACAGUCACCAGGGCAAGAAUAAGUCACAGUGGCUCUGUGAAACUAUCCAUUUAUAUGACAGUAUACACCAUCACGUACAUCAUCCUCUUCAUAUAUGAAGCAGAGUUCUUUGAUCCAGGCGAGGUGCUGUAUGCUUAUGACAGCCCUGCAGGGUACGGUCUAAUGGGUCUGCAGCUGCUUGCCUACGUAUGGUUCUGCUACGCUGUGCUGGUGUCCCUCAAACACUACCCUGAAAAACAACCUUUCUACAUCCCCUUCUUCACUGCGUACACUCUGUGGUUUUUUGCUGUGCCAGUCAUGGCUCUGAUUGCCAACUUUGGCAUCUCUCGCUGGGCCAGGGAAAAGAUUGUGAACGGCAUCCAACUCGGCAUCCAUCUCUAUGCCCAUGUCGUCUUCCUGGCAAUCACACGUCCGUCAGCAGCCAAUAAGAACUUUCCCUACCACGUGCGCACGUCACAGAUAGGAAUCCUUCUCUCCAGUCCUAAAGGCAUGGGGGCGGAAAGUUUCCCUCAUCAUGCCUAUGGGAAUAGCUCCUUCCUGGGAGACUCUCAGCCAAACUUCACAGAGCUCUUCUCCAUCCACUCAGACCCUGUGAAGACGAUAGAUGAGACAGUGGCUCGGAAGGGACAGGAAGUGCCAAGGAACAGUGAGCACAAGAUCAUCACCACAACAGCGGACCUGUCGUCUACAUUCUCCCCUCUUCCUCCUCCCAUACCACCACGCAGCUCCGCACACUCUCCCCCUCCUCCUAGAUUAACGUCCCAUUUCACCGAGUAUUUUAGUAUGCAAGGGGCCGCGGGGAUGGGCUCCAAUGCCUAGAGCGGGCCAGAAGAGGAACAGUCCAUGCGGAAACUACUUUCAAACAUCUAUGAGGUGGAAAAGAGUUCAAUAUUUCAAUAGAUUAGGUUAAGGCAAGCGUGAAAAAGCAAAGCCACUUUCAAAAAAGUUACCAAACAUCCAUAUCUUUGAAUUUGUAAAGAGAAAUGCAAGCUGUAGAGCGUCAAGAGAGAGUGGGGCAUAACCUGCUCACACAGCCCCUAAAAAAUAAGCAAUAAAUAUUUCAGUGAGAUGACAGAGAGUCACUGGAGAGAGAUAAUAUACAGGCAGUGCAAUAGUGACAGGAGACAAUGGUCAAUCUAGAGUAUAGAUAUUUCAGGCUUAAUGUGACCGUAGGAUAGCAGUGUGUACAGUAACAGUACAGUGAGCUCUUGACAGUUUUUAUGCUUCAUUCAUUUCAAGUGGUGCCGCUAAUAUUUGUAUUUCCAUGCCAUUUUAAUGCAACAGAACCAAGUAUUCGUUUCCCUCGCUACAUUUUUUAAUGUUUUGAGAAUUUAUGUACACAUUUUGUCUGUAAAGUUGAGAUAAUUUAGGGUUUAUAUAUUUUUAUUCACAUUGAAUAAAAGCGAAUACAGCUAGAGACUUUGCAAACUGAUAUUAAACUGCAAUGGCAAGUUAACUGUGGAACAACUAGGCAGUAUUUGUAAACCAUGCAUGUUUGUGCUUUGUCUACAUUCUGAUAUAUUCAAUGUAAUUUUGGGUGUGCCUAGUUUUCACAACUAGUGGUCUUAAUUUUGUAUGCAGUACACACUUGUUUAUAGUUACAGUAUGUAGAGAAUAUUUAUCGAAAGCGCAAGUCUUUCUGUAUUGUCAGUUCUGUGCAGGGAUGUGUAGAGUUCAAAAACGAUUUGAACAGUUUUGAGUUCAGAUUCAAUUUCUGCAAACUUCGUUACACAUUUGUACAUUUAAUAACCCUCACAGCGGUCUUCGGCGGAUAUGGAGAUCUUUUAUUCUAUCAGUGAGUAUAAAGUAAAUUCAUUCAGUCCGCUGGGGUUAUCUUAAGGUUUGUUUACUUGUGUCUGAUGAAAUAUAGCUCUACUCCUACAGAAACACUUUGUAUUGACAGCAUGGAGCACUUUACCGUUUUGAAACACUUAUUUCAUUACCAUCAGAGACCCGUGAAAAUGCAGCCAUAAUGCAAUACAGUGAAAGACAAAUGUAGAGGUAAAAUGUGAAGGUUUUACCUGUAAAAUGUCCUUUAUCACUGCUGUUUCUUUUUAUUUAUUUAACAAACAACCAGUUGUGGGUCGUAUUUAUGUUAUAUAUCAACAUAUCCUAUAUAAUCUCCAUCUGAAAUUGACCUGCUUUACAUAUAAUCCUAUUAGUUAUGUACAUAAUAAUUACAUAUUUAUAUUUAAUUUUUUUAAGAGAAGAACCAUACUUGAAGAAUCAUUAAAUCUAGGUUCCUGUGGUUUGAUUUUUUGUAUUAAUGGAUGUGCUUGGGCCUUAAGCCAUUUCUUUAAUAAACACUGAACUUGUUCUGUCUGAAAGCCAUCAGAAAAGGUGAUUUGAAAAGGCUUUGCCAUGAUUUUUCAGUGAGUGUGCACACCUAGCAGAGAGAGAGAGCACACUUUUUGAAUGUAUGAUAGAUAUAUUAGCACAUCACAUUGGGGAGCACAGAAAGAUUCAGUUAAGCACAUUUCUGUUGCACUGUUCAUACUGAAUGCAUUUUAAUAGUGUCAAAUGACUUGGCAGUGUAUACCCUUUUUGCCAAAUUAAAAUGGUGUUUUACAACAAUGGCUUGUUUGUGUGUUUCAUUUUGCAGUUUGAUAAGCAAUUAAGGGAGCUACAGUAAUUGUAAUCCUAGCACUCUGAAGUACAACCAACUGCUGAACAAAUCAUUGUCAUUUAAAAACGAUGUAGUUUUACAUUCUGUUCUAAUGUUCUGCUGUGUAACAUACUAUACACAAAUAUUUUAAAUCUUUUGUAAUGUGUCCAGAAUGACAUAUAACCACCUCAUUAUAUGUGAUAUGGAAUAUUGUAUUUUCAGAAAUUCACUGACCAUUCUUUAGGACCAUUUCAAAUGUAGUGAAGACAAAACAGUAAAUAAAAAUGGUUAAAAACAUAAUGUUUGUGACCAGUUACAGGACAUCUCAUUCAGUCAUACAAAUUUUGAAUAUAUUAAUUAAAAAGUCAUGGAUAUGUUAAGCAUCAACCAACCAUACACAACACUGAGAGCAAAUUUUAAUGAGAUGUUAAUGAAAUGUAUACUGGUUUAUUACAUGAAAUAUAAUGUAGAAAUACAGUGUUUAAAGAUCAUAAGUCCUUUUUCUCAGACACCAUUUGAGCUUUUUCUU